UGUUGUACACGGGAGAGAACCUUGGCAGAGCAGCUGCCCCCUCAUGCUGUGUUCACGCUGACCCCUCCCACCCGGAGCCCCAGCCCAUGUGGCACCAGGCACCCUGGCCCUUCUCAGUGCCUUUCGGGAUCCUUUUCCUGCUUGCUCUGGGGCUUGUGCCCUCAUGGCCCUUGUUUAGUUCCAGGAGGGUACGACUGCCUCCUGAGGGCCAGGCCUGGUCAUGCUCUGAGCUCCCCAGAGCCUCAGUGUCACCUGAGGAGACAGACUCCUCUUAAAGGUCAACAGCAGACAAAGGAGCCACUGACCUGGAGCCAACGCUUUAGCCUCACGCUACAUCUCACGUUCCAGCAGAGCGAGAAUUUCCCAAGUCUUUCCAGGAGGAUGUAAAUCUCAUCUACUGGGACAGGAGACAAGCAGGGGCACGUCCCUUCUGCACACAGUGAGUCGCCUUCCGUCCUGAGCUCUUCUUGCCCUGCGACUGUCUUCCCUACUUUUCCUUUUGAUGUUUCUGCAAAAGCCAGAUUUGUUUUGGCCCUGACCUAUUUUAUCGUGGAGAACACGACACCCAAAUUGCUUUGCUUGUGUCUUUUGCCACCUCAGUCAGAAACUGUGAAGUCCCCAGGAACGUCCAGCAAGUCCGUGACCUGCGUGUGCCCCAGAUCAGUAGGAGGAAGGAACUCAGAAGUGGUUCGCUUUCUAAACUGAUCAGAGUCUUUAAGAGAAACCAGAGCCUGAGGCCCUGACUCAGCAGGGAUCUGGUAGUAGCCGGGUUCCUGUGGAUCAGGUGUGAGGCUUGGGGAACUUCCAGCCAACACAGGGGGACAGGUGCCUGGUGUACCAGAGGGGACACAGGGGGCUCAGAUGUGCAGCAGGAGGGGGUUGUGUCAAUUCCUGCCUGCAUGGGGCAGGUCUCAGGCGAGUGGUGAGGUAUGUUUGGCGUGUGGCAAUUAUCAGGGGGAGCAGUGACCACCCUGCUGACCCAUGGGCAUUUCGAUGCUGUGGAGGUGAAGCAACGUGGGUGAGAGCAUUAGACAGGUGGCAGCUGGGGCUGUCAGGGCGGAGAGUCUUCCUGCCCUGGAGCUCCCCUACAGAUAUGCUGAAGAGCGAUUUCUUAAACACAUGUCUUUUUUCACAAUCCACCAGGAAAGGACAAGCCCUCCUGAGUUGUUGACGCUUUCUCCCAGGUAGCCCACAGCCUUCAUGAACCCCCAGGACAGGGUGAGGGCCUUCUGACCUGACAUCCCCCAGGGCUGUCUGGGGCCUGCGCUUUGGAGGGAGGUGGGACCAGCCUCCCCCCUACUCCAAUGCACUGAUCCAGUUUCUCCAGGGACACAAGGAAGGCAGUCUUUUCUACAGAGUUAGAACCUGUCCCACUCAGGGAGGCCCAAGGAUCCCAGAAGGGUUGGGAGACAGGUGUGCAGGGCUGUGUGAGGGGACUUGGGAGCUGGUGGAUGUGUAGGCUGGGGGUCCUGGAGUGUGCUGUGUGGGGUGUGUGCCUACCUUCCCUGUAUCUCAGCCCCUGGCCUGGCCCGACCCUCAGUGCAGGGAAUUUCCUGGUCAGCUCAGGAACAAGGGAUGAAAUGACAACCAGGACCCUGCCAACCCAAACUCCUCUGUCUCCCAGGGCCUCCCUCCCUGGUGGAUCAGCUGGGAGUGGCCCAGGGAGAUCUGGGCAGCUAUGGUUUCAACUAAAGGGCUGUGGCCAGGUCAAUCCACAGCCGACUCUGACAACUGACAGAGACAAUCCCCAAAGAGCCCAGUCCUCUGGUGCCUGGGACAAACCCAGGAUGGGCGGCACAUGGCCGCUCCCACCCCUCCAAAACCCUGUACUCCCUGCCUGAGCACCCAUUUUGCAGGCACGGUGGGUGAGAAUUCCCUCCUGGCCUGGAGGCCUGACUCCGGCUGAUGGGUUUUCCUUUAGGGAAUCAGGAGUCCUGUGCUGGCUUGUGGACGGGGACAAGCCCACAUGGUGGCAGGCUCAGCUCACCUGCAACAGAGAGCUUCCAGGUGUGUGGAUCCUGUUGGACAUGCCCCACAUCAAGAGCUGCCAACACCACACACUCUCUCAGCGCCGCCCCACCGCCCCAUGCCUCCCUGGGCCGGGCUGGCUGUUUCCCAGAGGCUGCCGGGGCUCACCCCCCAGAUGAGUGCAAACAACGGCACCGCCGUGGAGGAGUUUGUCCUGCAGAGCUUCUCGGAGGAGCCUGGGCCGCGCAUUCUCUUCCUGGCCGUGUUCCUCCUCCUUUACCUGGGGGCUCUUGCAGGGAACGCCCUCAUUGUCACCGCCAUCAGCCUGCACCCAGGCCUCCAUACCCCAAUGUACUUCUUUCUCACCAACCUGGCCAUUUUAGACAUCGUCUGCACCUCUACGGUUGUCCCCAAAUUGCUGGAGAACCUGGCGCUCAAGGGUGGCACCAUCACCUACCAGGGCUGCAUGACCCAACUCUUCUUCCUGACCUGGACUUUAGGGGCGGAGCUCCUGCUGCUGACGGUCAUGGCCUAUGACCGCUACGUGGCCAUCUGCCGCCCGCUGCACUACAGCAGGCUGAUGGGCCGGCGGGUCUGUGCUCUGCUGGCAGGCAGCGUGUGGGCAAUAACUGUGGCCAACACUUCUGUGCACACAGGGCUUUUGACAAGGCUGACGUUCUGCGGCCGCAAUCAGAUCCAGCAUUUUCUCUGUGAAAUCCCCACGCUGCUGCUGCUCUCCUGCAGCCCGACCACCCUGAACAACGUCAUGAUGGUCCUGGCGGACAUGUACUUUGGAGUGGUCAACUUUCUGCUCACCCUGGCGUCCUACGCCUACAUCAUCGCCAGCAUCGUGCGCAUGCGCUCCGCCACGGGCAGGCAGCGGGCCUUCUCUACUUGCUCCUCCCACCUCUUGGUGGUCACCUUGUACUACUCCACCGUCAUCUACACCUACAUCCUCCCGGGCUCUGGCUCCUCCCUGGAAAACGGCAAAGUGGUUGCCGUGCUGUACACGGCAGUCAGCCCCACCCUGAACCCCCUCAUCUACUCUCUGCGGAACAAGGAUGUCAAAGUGGCCCUCGGGAAGGUGUUAUCCUGCAUCUGUGGCCGGCAUGGACCUUGCAGGCUCACGGGGUGAUUUGAUAGUAAGGCGCGGAGAGUCUGAAGUGAGAAUCAAAGAGCAAGAAGGAAGUUAGUGUGAUACACUUAGGUGAUAUGCGCUGUCCGGCAGGAACUGCCGGUUUUCCAGGUGGCUCUGAACUAAGCAUUCCAAGGCCCUAAGGGUGGAUGCUGUCAGGGCUGCAGGAGGAAGGCAGCAGGGGAGACCCAGCAGGGGCAGGAGGAAGAGCAGGAUGCGGGCCGGGUGGCCCCCCUCCAGCACCUUGCGGACUGGUUUUCCCAGCACCUGGCACCUGGAAACUUGCCUGUGGGGUGCUGCUGGCCCCUUCCCAUUCCAGAGCUGGGCUCCAGCGGUGAGGGAGUGCCCAGAGUCUGGCUGGCCCAGUGUGAACACUGCCUGGCACAUUCUGGCGUGGGCAGGUCCCUGUAUCCUGCUCUGGGCCACGUCACCCAGAGCCUGAUUCUCCCACCAGACUCCUGUUGGUGGGAGGUCCUGGUUCUGGCACCACAGAGACUGUGACACGUGGUGGCAUCCAGCCUUCCACCUAAGGACCUGCAGCAAGAGGGGCGCUUCUACUUAUUUUUCUCCUUUCAGAAAAGGGCACAUUCAUCCUUCUACCAGGAGACAUUGCCAGGGCAGGAAAGGGUUGUUUUUGCUUCUUCGCACAGAGCACUGCGGCAUUAUGUUAGGGGCCCCUUUCCUCCUCAGUCUCCUCGUUGUUAUUUGUCCCACCCUCUGUGCUGGCCCCUGAGAAUUGGUGUUCUGCAUGGCUUCAUGCGAGCCCCUCCUUUUCUUUAAGCCCAUAAUAAAAGCUGCAUUUCUUCUUAA